AUGGAAGAAUUCUUUAAGGGCAAAAAGUUCAUCGUCACCGGCGCUAAUGCGGGAAUUGGCGAGACGAUUACUAAACGCCUAGUAUCAUUGGGUGCUCACGUUUUCGCUGUUGGACGUGACGCAAAGAAAUUGCCACCGGCUACACCUAACCUAACUCCAGUUUGUGCAGAUGUGGGUGAAUGGGACUCCUAUGAUAUAAUUAAAAAAUUGGGACCAGUCCACGGUUUGGUGAACAAUGCAGGAGUGGCGUAUAUCGAAUCUUUCUUUGACAUGACACAAGAAGGAUGGGAUAAAACAUUAAACAUCAACGCAAGAGGAAUCGUUCGCAUAAGUCAGGCUGUAGCACAGAACAUGAAGGACGCUGGUAUUAAAGGAUCCAUCGUUAACGUGUCCUCAACAAUUUCAGAAAGAGCUAUUCCUGACCACACAUCGUAUUGUGCAUCAAAAGGCGCAGUCAAUCAAGUGACAAGAGUUAUGAGUAUUGAGCUGGGACCAUUGGGUAUCCGUACCAACAACGUCAACCCGACUGUGGUUAUGACAAAAAUGGGUGCUAAAGCAUGGUCCGACCCAGUGAAAUCGAACCCAAUUUUAAGUAGAAUACCAAUAGGACGAUUUGCUGAGUGUGACGACGUAGCAAAUGUGACACUAUUUUUACUCAGUGACUAUUCUACUUACGUAAAUGGUGUUUCAAUUCCAGUGGACGGUGGAUUUUUGGCCAGUUAA